GCAGGACUGAUAAAUAGAAGGGGAGCAGGCAGAGACAUCAGAGGGACUCCCAGGUCGUCAGAUAAUAAGCUUUAACACCUUUCAGCCCAUUAUUUAACAGACUAGGAAACGCUCUGGCUUUUAUACAGUGUUCUCUGUUUGUUUAAGACAAAUACUUUAGCCAUAACGUACCAGUUUUGGUAACUGUUGCCGUUUUGUUGCUCAUAUCAAGCCCACUCUCCAUGUAUGACCGCCCAGAGAGCCCACUGUACCUUUCUGUUUCUUUUGAAGCAUUUCAACCUUUCGGAGCCUCCUGGUUUUGUCUUUUAAGGGGAAAAAAGACCUGGUACACUCACCACCAGGCUCCUCGUAAAAACAACAUAACAUACUGUAAUAUUUUGUGAACCGUGCCCUCCUGUGGUCAAGAAGAACUACAGCCCUAGCUGAGUUGUUUUUACCCAUUUUCUUCACAUAAUUAAACGAUAAAACUGCUGCUCUUUGCCCUCUUUCUUUCUUUCUUUCUUUCUUUCUUUCUUUCUUUCUUUCUUUUUUCGUUUGAAGCAAAACUGAGUUUUUUUUUUCUUGGAAAACUUUUUAAAUUUGUCAUUAGUUGGAAAAGGAAACCCCUCUUUGUAGUCCUCCUCCCAUCUCCCCCUCCACACUAGGAUAAAAGCAGCACUGGAGGUAUGGAGGACCAGACCCAACAUAUUGGACUAACAGGAGGGUCUCAGGAGGGUGUAGGUGAUCCUAACGACAUAAGGACACACCAUCACCUCGGCCAGCAGCCACAGCAGCAGCAGCACAUUGGUGACAUCCUCCAGCAGAUCAUGGCCAUCACAGAUGAGAGUCUGGAUGAGGCCCAGGCCAGGAAACAUGCUUUAAACUGCCACAGGAUGAAGCCCGCUCUCUUCAGUGUCCUGUGUGAGAUCAAAGAAAAGACAGCCCUGACUAUCCGAGGCGUCCAACAGGAGGAAGAGCCUCCAGACCUUCAGAUCAUGCGACUGGACAACAUGCUGUUAGCAGAGGGGGUUGCGGGUCCAGAGAGGGGCAGGGCCUCUGCAGCGGCAGCAGCCAUUGUUGCGGCAGCUGGAGGAUCACCUGAUAAUGAAAACUUGGAACAUGCAGACUACAGGGAGAAGCUUGCUCAGAUACGACAGAUCUACCACGCCGAGCUGGAGAAAUAUGAACAGGCUUGCAGCGAAUUCACGGGCCAUGUGAUGAACCUGCUGAGGGAACAGUCCCGCACGCGACCCAUCUCACCCAAAGAGAUUGAGCGAAUGGUGGAAAUCAUCCACCGCAAAUUCAUCGCUAUCCAGAUGCAGCUGAAGCAGAGCACGUGUGAAGCUGUCAUGAUCCUACGCUCCAGGUUCCUGGAUGCCAGGCGGAAACGAAGAAACUUCAGCAAGCAGGCGACAGAGAUUCUGAAUGAAUAUUUUUACUCCCACUUGGCAAACCCGUACCCCAGUGAAGAGGCCAAGGAGGAGCUGUCCAAGCAGUGCUCCAUCACUGUUGCUCAGGUGGCCAACUGGUUUGGAAACAAGAGGAUUCGUUACAAGAAGAACAUUGCAAAGUUCCAGGAGGAGGCUAACCUGUACACCAUGAGGACAGCUGUGGAUGCUGCUGGAGUGUCUUCACAGACUAACCAAGCCAACUCCCCAGCCACACCAAACUCAGCCCUGUGUUACACUCCUGAUGGGAGCUUAUGAGAAGUCAUCUCUACUGUCGCCAUGCUGGUGAAGGAUGGCAGGGCAGUGGUGAUACCUCUUUCCAUCUUCCCUCACCGAGAGCACCAGGAAGCAUACGCUGUCACCUCCAACUGAUGCUGUACUGUCCCCUCCCUACUCCCAGUCCUGCUCUUCAAACCAAUACAAACUCAGACUGUAGGCCGACCUCCAGGCAAGCCGGAAACAGACACUCCAGCAUUUUCCCAAAAAACUAUUUUUUAAUUUUGCUUUGUGGUGCUGAUUGUAUUCCAUGCGUCUUCCAUGAGUAUUUUUUUUUUUUUACUUUCAUAUUUUAACUAAAGUGUAGACAUUAUAAAUUUCUUUUAAAUAAUUGCUCAUCAUGUUUUUCUUAUCCUUUAGAAUAAUAGAUUAGUGAUGAAAGGAUUUUUUUUUUUUAAAGAAUGCUCCGUCAGGAUGAAGGGUUGGGGCUUGUGUGUGGCCUUGAACCAGAUGUGGAUUCAUCAUUUUAUUUCCAAGAAUUAGAAUAAGAAAAAACAGGGCAUGUAGUCAUUUUGGACAGGAAUAGUCUUUUUCUUUUUUAUUACUUUUAAAAACAUUUUAUAAGAAAAAGGUUGUCAGAGAAAAUGCAUUUAAGACAUUUAAAUGGUAGAAAAAAACAAAAACAAAUAAACACAUUAUCACUUAUUA